CACACCGGUUUGAUUCCUGGAUAUUUGUUGAAAGGCACCCCUCUCCCCCUCCUCUUCAUCUCUCUCUCUCUCUCUCUCUCUCUCUCUUUCUCUCUCACACUCUUUCAAUGAAUACUAAUGCAGCGAGUGGGCACACCUCCCUUCCUCCUAUCUUUUUCACAGGGAUGGGCGGGAGAGGGGAGACAGAGCAAUUCCAGCUCAGUAUCCUGCCUCAUGAGGCAGGCAGUGCUUGACUAGCAGCAGCCCCCAAUGCCUUUUUUUAUUCUCCCACUGAGCAAUAUUGGUGAGACUGUGCAUUGCUGCUGCAACAAUGUCUAACCUGUGUGAGUGGCAUGUGAUAUCAGACCAGAGUUGAGAGAGAGGAAAGGACAUCUGUGCCUGCUUUUUGUCAUCUGGAUGGGAAGUCUUUUCUGGGAGGAGAGACAGAAGAAAGCAGAAGGCAGCCGGGGAAGGGGAAAAACUGGCAUUAGCCAAUCCCCCCUUCCACACAUAGACUGGAGACAACGGAGACCACUGGAGUAUUUGCUUUUAUCUUUCGUUUUUUGUUCUUUUUUUUUCUCAUCGCGCUGCUGGGAGGUGCUUUACCUUUUCAUUUGCUUGCUCUCUCGGUCCUCUGUCUUCUCAUCUAUUUCGCCAUUUACCUGGUCAACAAUUUCUUCUAUUUAUGAGCCAAACAAGGAGGGAGAGAGAGAGAGGCAGAGAGACAGAAGAAAAGAGAAAGAGGAGGGGGAUUUCUUUUUUUGGCCCCCUUAUUCUCUUUUUGUCCCCUUCGUUCAUUCUUCCUUCCCUCUCCAUCGCUAUCACUUGCAGCCCUUUCUAUCCCUGUGCUACCCACGCUCCCUCCUCCCCUACCGCCUCCCUCCUUCUCCUCUUCCUCCUCUUCCUCCUCUCCACCACACCACUCCGCUCACUGUCCACCCGUAACUUUGGCUACUUUUUUGAUUCCACCAGUGUUUUAAUUUCCUUACUUCAAAAAACCCAACUCUUUUAAUUGGCUUGCUUGUAUUUUCUAUUUACGCCUUUUUUCACUUUUGUACCUUUUCCUAUCCCCCCUUCUCUUUUUUUUCCUCCUACCAUCCUAUGCAUCUUUUUUGGGCGAUUCUUAAUUCUAACCGUAGACUGGCGGACGUCAGACAAGCACGCGACGCCAGACAUCUCUUCGGAGGAGUGAAGGGGAGAACAGAAGCGAAGCUGCUCCUGUGGAGUACAAUUAACUCGAAUUUGCUGCUUUACCCUCUUGACCUGUUGAGGAUUUUACCUAAAACUGCUUUUAGCCUCCCUCAGUCUGAGGCUAUGAGAGGGAGAGAGGAGUCCCAGGCCGCACCAUCAUGCUACUUCUGAGACGCUGGGAUGAGACUCUGGCUGGCAAAACACAAGGUAUUACCCUCCCACUACUCCACCAUGCCUGUCUGCGUUUGCCGCAGCCUCUCCUCACCUCGGGGCCAUGCUGGGGCCUCCUCCUCCGCCCCCUCGGUCGCCCAGGAGCAGGAGAGGCGAGUCCGACCACUACAUCCACCCCCGCCUCCGUCGCUUCAGCGCCACACCAGCGCCUCCCACUGCCUCUCGCUUCUUCUCCUGCUGCUCUGCCUUCUCCACCUGCCCCCGGCCUGCCACUCACGGAGAGAGAAAGGCGGGGGAGGUGGUGGGGGAGGAGGCGGGGGUGGUGGCGGCGGCGGCCACUACAUCCCCAUCCCCCAACCCCCUCCCCACCACAUGGCUCUGCCCAACAUCCUGCGCGGCCUCAGCAUUGCCGUUGUCCUGGUGGGCAACUCCAGCGAGGUGGCGCUAGCCGGGGCGCGGGAGAAGGACGACUUCCUGCACAUGGCGCCCAACGUGGAAGUGCUGACCAUGAAUGAGACGGACCCUAAAAGCAUCAUCAAGAGCAUCUGUGACCUAAUGACGGAUCACUGGCUGCAGGGCGUGGUGUUUGGGGACGACACUGACCAGGAGGCCAUUGCCCAAAUCCUGGACUUCAUCUCAGCCCAGACCCACAUCCCCAUCCUCGGAGUCCGCGGGGGCUCCUCCAUGAUCAUGGCCGCCAAGGAUGACGACUCCAUGUUCUUUCAGUUCGGCCCCUCCAUCGAGCAGCAGGCUUCGGUCAUGCUAAAUAUCAUGGAGGAGUACGACUGGUACAUCUUCUCCAUCGUCACCACGUACUACCCGGGUUACCAGGACUUUGUCACCAAGAUCCGUAGCACCAUCGAGAACAGCUUUGUGGGCUGGGAACUGGAGGAAGUUAUACUGCUCGACAUGUCCGUAGACGACGGAGAUUCAAAGAUCCAAAACCAGCUGAAGAAGCUGCAGAGCCCCGUCAUUCUUCUCUACAGCACAAAAGAAGAGGCCAACACCAUCUUCGAGGUGGCUCACUCUGUUGGGAUCACGGGCUACGGCUACACGUGGAUAGUGCCCUCGCUGGUAGCUGGAGACACCAUUGUAGUGCAUGCAGAGUUCCCCACAGGUCUGCUUUCCGUGUCCUAUGACGAGUGGGACUACAACCUGGAGGCCCGCGUUCGCGACGGCGUGGCCAUCAUCACUAUGGCAACCUCCACCAUGAUGAUGGACCGCGGACCUCACACUUUGCUGAAGUCUGAGUGCCACGGAGCUCCGGACAAGAAGACCCCCAUCUCAGGCAACCCCAACGAAGUGCUCAGGUACCUGAUGAAUGUGACUUUUGAGGGGCGAAACCUGUCGUUCAGCGAGGACGGAUACCAGAUGCACCCCCAGCUGGUCAUCAUUCUGCUCAACAAGGAGAGACAGUGGGAGAGGGUGGGGAAGUGGGAGAACGGUUCCCUGUCCAUGAAGUACCACGUGUGGCCUCGCUAUGAACUAUAUGGGGGGGCAGCAAACAGGGAGGACGACCACCUGUCCAUCGUGACGUUGGAGGAGGCUCCGUUCGUCAUCGUGGAAGACGUGGAUCCGCUCAGCGGGACGUGCAUGAGGAACACUGUGCCCUGCCGGAAACAGAUCAAAAUCCUCAAUCAGACCAAGGAUUCAGGGAUCUACAUAAAGCGCUGCUGUAAGGGAUUCUGCAUUGACAUCCUGAAGAAGAUUGCCAAGCAGGUGAAGUUCACCUACGACCUUUACCUGGUCACUAAUGGUAAACACGGCAAGAAGAUCAACGGGACAUGGAACGGCAUGGUGGGAGAGGUGGUGUUGAAAAAUGCCCACAUGGCCGUCGGCUCCUUGACCAUCAACGAGGAGAGGUCGGAGGUCAUUGACUUUUCCGUCCCCUUCAUUGAAACGGGUAUCAGCGUCAUGGUGUCCCGUAGCAACGGCACCGUUUCGCCCUCGGCCUUCUUAGAGCCAGGUUUUAAUGCAUUUAUAUCAGUAAUGAUGUUUACUGCGGCCCUUUGCAGCCAUUCCCCCUCCAUCUCCCUUUUUCCAGGAUUCAGCUGUCCUAUAACCACGGCUGUGUUUCUUUCAGAGCCUCACGGCCCGUCCUUUACCAUCGGUAAGGCCAUCUGGCUGCUGUGGGGGCUGGUCUUUAACAACUCUGUGCCGGUGCAGAACCCCAAAGGCACCACCAGUAAGAUCAUGGUGUCCGUGUGGGCCUUCUUUGCUGUCAUCUUCCUGGCCUCCUACACUGCCAACCUGGCUGCUUUCAUGAUCCAGGAGGAAUAUGUGGACCAGGUAACUGGGCUCUCAGACAAAAAGUUCCAGAGUCCCAACGACUUCUCACCUCCGUUUCGGUUUGGCACUGUCCCAAAUGGGAGUACGGAGAGAAACAUCAGGAACAACUAUCCAGAAAUGCACGGCUACAUGACCAAGUUUCAUCAGAGAAACGUCAACGAGGCCCUGGCCUCUCUCAAGGCCGGCAAACUAGAUGCUUUCAUUUACGACGCGGCUGUACUGAACUACAUGGCCGGCAGGGACGAGGGCUGCAAGCUGGUGACCAUUGGCAGCGGCUACAUCUUUGCCACCACGGGGUACGGCAUCGCCAUCCAGAAGGAGUCGCUCUGGAAGAGACAUGUGGACCUGGCCAUCCUGCAGCUCUUCGGAGACGGUGAGAUGGAGGAGCUGGAGUCCCUGUGGCUGACGGGGAUCUGCCACCACGAGAAGAACGAGGUGAUGUCCAGCCAGCUGGAUGUGGACAACAUGGCCGGCGUCUUCUACAUGCUCGGCGCCGCCAUGGCUCUGUCGCUCAUCACCUUCAUCUGCGAGCACUGGUUCUACUGGCAGCUGCGCUUCUGCUUCAUGGGCGUCUGCUCCGGCCAGCCCGGCUUCGUCUUCUCCAUCAGCAGGGGCAUAUACAGCUGUAUCCACGGUGUGCAGAUUGAGGAGAAGAGCAGCUCGGCAUUGAACUCCCCAUCAGCCACCAUGAACAACACCCAUUCCAACAUUAUGCGUCUCCUACGCACCGCCAAGAACAUGGCCUCCCUGUCGGGGGUGAACGGCUCACCCCACAGCGCUCUGGACUUCAUCCGCCGGGAAUCCUCUGUUUAUGACAUCUCUGAACACCGGCGCAGCUUGGCGGGCCACUCCGACUGCAAGCCACCUUACAUCCCGGAAGACAACAUGUUCAGCGACUACAUCAGUGAGGUGGAGAGGACGUUUGGGAACCUCCACCUGAAGGACAGUAAUCUGUACCAGGACCACUACAUGCACCACCAUGGCUCAACACUGGGGCUCAGCGGACCAGCGCCCAACAGGCCCCACAGUCUGGGCAGUGCUAGUUCUCUGGAGGGGGGCAUGUUCGACUGUGACAGCCUUGGCGGAGGGAUGGCCCCUAUUUUCACCACCCAGCCAUGCUCAGCAUUGACCCACAGGAACAUGAGCAAGUUUGACCUGCUGUCUGGACAGACUCCCCCCUCAGGCCAGAGCUUUAAAGGAGGCCUGCCGGACCUGUAUGGGAAGUUCUCCUUUAAGGGAGGUGCCUCAAGUUCCACGUUUAUCCCUGGGCACGGCUACUGUGGAGGGAGAGGAGAUGACGAUGGGAAUAUACGCUCGGAUGUUUCGGACAUUUCUACACACACAGUAACUUAUGGGAACCUGGAGGGUAAUGCCAAGAAGCGCAAACAAUACCGCGAUAGCCUGAAAAAGAGGCCGGCCUCUGCCAAGUCCAGACGGGAGCUGGACGAGAUCGAGCUGGGCUACAGGAGGAAACCCUACCACAUCAGCCACCACCAUUACCACGGCCACCGCGCUACCUCCCCACCGCUUUUGCCCGCUGAACGGAAGAGAGGAGGAGGAGGUGGAGGAGGUAACAACGAUGGGAACUCCUAUCUCUUCAGAGAAAAGGAGAGCGUUAGGGAUUUUUAUUUGGACCAGUUUCGGCCCAAAGAGGGCGUCCCUCAGUGGGAACAUGUGGACCUGACGGAGGGCCCUGGGAGUAGAGAUGGAGGAGUGGCGACCUGCACCACCCUGGUUCCAGUGGAUGACUUUCUUAAGGGCAAACCCAAAAAGUCAGAUUCAAAGAGUGGGGGAGGAUCUGGGCUGGCAGGGGGAGAGUGGGAGUGCAGGAACUGUCGGGCUAGCGGGGUAGGAGUGGGCAAGCAGAUGUCCAUGCAUGGAGGAGGAGGUGUGGGUGUUGGGUACGGUGGUGGUAUGAGCUGCGGGUCCUCUGGAGGCGGAGGAAACAGCCGCCCCAGCUCUGCAACCUGCAUGCGCUGUGAGGGUUGCAAAAAGACAGGCACCCUCUACGAUAUCAGCGAGGACAACAACCACCUAUUGGAACAGAUGGGGGGAGGGAAAGGCGGAGGAGGAGGAGGCGGCAUGGGCGCAGGCCCUCAGUCUCAACCUCAGGGCCAGCAGAGGAGAAAGAGUGGAGGAUUGGGCAAACCACUGAGGCGGCAGCACUCGUAUGACGCGUUUGUGGACCUUCAGAAAGAGGAGUCAGGUGGGAUGGGAAGUCUGAUGGGCCUAGGGGGGGUUGGAGGGAUGGGUGGUGCGGGUAUGGGAGGGAUGCUGCCCCCACCCAGGAGUGUUAGCUUGAAGGAGAAAGAACGCUACAUGGAGGGCUCCAGCCCCUUUGCAAACAUAUUUGAGCGUCACGGGGGCUCGGAGCGAGAAAGGGAAAGAGACCGGGAACCAUUGUUUUACGCAGGUGAGGGCCGGAAAAGACCCGGCUCACCAUUCGGCCUGUUCAGAGGCGGCGAGGGCCUCCACCGCCGCUCCAUCGGAGAGAGAGACAUGCAAGACCGGGACAGGUCUUUGAUGGAAGGAGGAGGUGGGGGAGGGUUCUCUCUAUCUAAAUCUCUUUACCCCGACAGGGUAAACCAAAACCCCUUCAUACCCACCUUUGGGGACGACCAGUGUCUGAUGCACGGAGCCAAACAAUAUUACAUGAAAAAGCAACAGCAGCAGCAACAAGUUGCCAAAAACAGCCGAAGUGACUUCAGGAGCCAGAUGAGCACGACGUCAUAUCUGCCGGCGUCUGCCACGGCCGGGGUAAUGUCCAACGUGACCCCCCGGUUCCCGAAAGAGCUCAGCCACGGUGGAAUGAACCACCACGGCUCCAUGCUGGGGGUGGGACCUCCGCGUCCCUUCAACGGAAGCAAUGGCCAUGUGUACGAGAAACUCUCCAGCAUUGAGUCUGACGUGUGAGAACAAAACGGAAAAAGGGGGAGGGGGGAGCGGACAAUGGCGAGGAAGGACUGGGGUGGGGGUGGGUGGAAUAGAGGCAUGUACUAGUGUUAAGAGAUCAGGGAUGAUUUUAAAAGACACUGUCCACACACUGCAAGCCUAGCCCAUAUUGGGACAGCACGAUUAGGUAAGAGAGGAGAGACUGGGACAUAGAGAAAUAAGAGUUCAAAAUCUUGUUUUAGCAAAAAAAACUAAUCUGGGUUAAAAAAUCAGGACACUCUGAGGAGGUUUGGGAUGUUAACCCCCUCUCAGAAACGGCCAAAGCGACUCUACUUUUCUGUCCACUCACAGUCAAUCAACAUCCCCUCCUCAACAUCACACGAAUGCGCUCGCCUCCCCAAGUCCAUCAUUUUCACCCACCAGUGACGCAGAAGUCAAUGUACUCGGUGAUUGUCGCCAAGAGGCGACAGCUCAUCUAUUAGUUUGAUACUGGACGUGUGAGCCUGGUGCGAUGCCACUGGCUGUCGACGCGAGAGCUCCCGCCGAGGCUCCUCUGAGGAAAAGACUGCGAGAGCGAGCGGCCCAGCUGCCCCUGUGUCACCGCAGAACAGAGACGUAGUCACGCUUACCGGGGCCGCGACGCGGGAGAUGACUCGUGCUCCUCUCUCUGGAGGGAGACAGACCCGGACUGUCCCUCUCCUCUCCUCUCCGUCCCAUCUCAACUCUCUCCCCCCCCAACCCUAACCCCCCUCUCCUCUCCCUUCCUCCUCCUCAUCCCCCGACGCCAAAUGAGCUGAUCUUGUUUGCUUUGAGAAAUACAAUCAUGAAUGAUAAUAAGAUAUUCUUAUAGAAAAAAACAGGGUAUAAAAACAACAAUAAUAUUGAUAACAUUGUGAAUAACAAAGAUGUUAGUGCUGAUUAUGAAAUCACUUAAGUUUUUUUUUUAUAUUGGUACGAUAUUUCACUACUGUUUCAGUACCUGGAGUUGUAUCCUGUCUGCCUCCUGGCAGCAGGACGGUUGUUCUAAGUUCCACCAUCAAGCCACAAAGACUGAGUCCUUAACUUCUUCUUCUUUUCUUUAUUAAUGGUUUCUGUAGAAUAUUCUACUUCAUGCUCAUGCAUUCAUUUGCUCCUUGUAGGGAAAAAAAUUGGAUGUGGAAAGACAUUUAGAGCUGACAGAUCCUUCUUUGAUGUUUCAAGACGUUACAAAUUAAGUGCACACACACACACACACACACACACACACACACACACAUGCAGAUUUUGUCGGCCUGAACUUGUGUUACUGUGAUUGACGCGUUUCGUCCGAGCGCUGAAGAUGCUGAGAGGAAGGACAUGCCUUAAUGGUCUCCAGUGGACGUGUCCUCGGGUUUACAUGCCGUCCUCACGCGACAGUCAGCCCCGGGACAGACCGGCAUGCUUUUUUAGGCUCCUCGGUGACUCUCUUUCUCUCUAUUGAGCCGAAACUGCAGUGAAAAUUUAAAGCAAGGCUUUGAGACAUUGCAGCUGAUGGUUUAGAUACAAGAGGAGCUGUUUUAUAACUUCGUAAGAAAACAAAUUCAUAUGUCGAAUGUGGGCAAUGCUUCACGAACCAGAUGUAUUUUUAGGAUGUCACGUAUAGACCAACCGCGUCUCACUUCACAACACGGCAGCCUUUAGACCACUUCUUUUAUUCAGGUUACAUGAUAACAGUCGCCAGACACUCACCUUUCUUUUCCCGCCUGUCACCAGUAUCUCGUAGAAGGCGUAACUUAUUCACUCACGGGAGCAGUCUGAGAGGCGUGCACAGAAGACUUUGUUUGUACAUUGUGUAUGAUAACUAUAUGCACUGCUGUUUAUGUUGGCAAAAAUGUGUAGGAAAAGUGAUGUUGCCCCGUGACAGUAGUGAUGCUGAUUUAAAGCGGGAGCCGAGGACGAUGUCGAUUGGACAGAGGCCUCUCUGACACUGACAGGCGUCUGGGAGGCGGCCAUCUUGCGAACGCUUCCGGCUUUUCACUUUAAGUGAUGUAGAUAGUCUUUAUUUAUGUAUUUAUUGAUUUUGCUGGAGAGGCUUCAUUGUGUUGCACAGGACCUUUUUACUCGGCGCAGGUUCAGACUCUUCAGUAGACAUGCCUUAUCAUCCCAUCACCAUGCCCCUCCUCCCCCCCCCCCCAGAGCUACCUGAUGAGGACUCAUCAUGUUAACUGUAAAAAUGUACUAUUAAAAGGUUUGAUCUUCGAUUAGCUGGCGGCGUCAGAAGUUCAAGGGCUGCGGGAGAUUGCGAAGGAGUGCUGGCCUGAGACUGGAGCUGCUGGAGUGUGUAGAGGGGGAUCUUUAUCUCAUUCCCUAAUCUAAAUGCACCAAUGUAAUAGGUUGGCCUGCGUGUGUGUGGAAGGAAGCAAAUCACGAUUAAAUGAUAACUGUUUUUUUUUUUCCUGAUAACUAUUCAUCAGUUCAACAGCCUCUCCUCCUACUCCUCCCUCGCUCCGCAGACAACACCAUCAAAGUGAGACUGAUCGAGUUAGCCUUAAAUCAAACUGAUCCAUCCGUCUAUCCCCCUCUACCCCGCCCCGCAACCCCAUGACUCUCCUAAUGAAUAGAUUGGGAUCUCUGGAAUUUUUUAUACACGCACAUUUUUGAGGGUUCAGGUCAACCGUUAUCAGCGAGGCGGUGUAACAAGGAGAACAGGAAAUGACGGGGAAAUAAGAAAGAGCAGAAGAAGAGAGACUUUGGAGUGGGCACCAAUCAGUGUCAGCAUUUGUACGUUCAAUCUUUUCCUUGUAAAUAAUAUAUUUAAAACUCUUUUCACUUUGUACAGUCAACAGACAGACAGGAUGUAACUUUCACUAUGUUUUACAGCAAUUUAAGAAAUAAACAAAACAAUAAAAAAAACUGAUAAAAAUGAAAAAAGUCAUCGACAAAAAGUAUGCAAAAAUAUACUUAAGACACAAAUAUUACUAAUCAUAAGUGAUAUAAUUGAACCUUUUUACUUUAAGUCUCAUGUUUACUUAAUUAUAAUAGUUUACCAAUCAGUAUACUUAUUAUGUUAAGAAUUAUGCUUUUUUUCAUAUUUUCACUAAAGUGUUGGAAAUCGAGGAUUCUUUACUGUAGGUGUAGACGUCUGGUGAUAAAAAGGGGGAAAGUUUAGUUUUAGGAGUCUUUGCUAAGUUUCCCUUGAAUUGUGUUAGAUUCUGUCUUUUAAGGUAAGCUCUUCAUGCUUUUUGAGAUCAAUUCAAUUAUCUACACAUUUAUGGAAUACAAUAUUACGUGUAUACAUAGAUGAUAUUUGCAUAUAGAGGCAGUAUAUUGUGAUCCUUCAUUUAUAAGCAGCAAUCCUUGUUAAAAACUUACAAGAUAUUUGUGUUUUUGUUGCCCUUUUUUUUUCUUUUUUUUUUUCUCACCGGGGCUCUUUAAUGGUUAUUGCACACAGAAUUUAGAGCCAUCGUCGGCCUGGCCUAUCCUCUUCCCUCUCUAUGUUUGGGAUAGACAUCACUGUGGUAAAGGAAUACACACACAUGCAUACACACACACACACACACACACAUAUGCACACACAUGCACGCUGGACAGUCCCCAGUGUUGACGGCGGUGAUAUCGCUGAGGAUUCUGAACACAAUCUUGUGGGAAAACCACCCGUGAGUGUAGUUUCAUCUCAUUGAGAAUCCAUUUAAAGCUGAAAUGCAUUUGUGCAACCCCUUAUUAUUAAAAGGUGCAACAUUUGUUCUGUCAUCUCUCAUUUUAUGUAGAGUUUUGCUUCAGGGGAAUCAACUGCUGUUGCUAUAGUCAAGCUCACAUAUUGCUAAACUGUUAUUACAGUAGACAGUAAGCCUGAUACUGACUUAUGUUUGUGCUUGCUUCUCAGUACGAAACUGGAAGUAGAAUUUGUUUUGCACUUAUGCAAUUUUGACCCCAUGCAGUCAAAAUCUGCCCCCCCCCCCCCCCCCCCCCCCCCCCCCCCCCCCCCCCCACACACACACUUCCGCAUGGUACUGAUUCCAAUAAGUCUUUAUGAUCUUCGCCUCAGCCCUGAGAGAACAAAUUCAUCUCUCUUCUGUUUUUCUCCUCAACUGCUUUCAUGUCUAGAGGGUUGAUUGAAAAGUGAAAAAUGUAUCCGUGCACGUAAACUCUGUGUAGUUUUGCAUAUAUUUCAAACCAGCCACCACGCUCCUCCUCCCUUAUUUGCAAUAUAAAAAAAACAGGAUGACCAAACUGAAAAAAAAAAGCUCUUACUGUACGCGGUAUGUGCUACUUCAUCACUUCCUGUUUUUUUUCCCCCUGUGUUGGAAAGGGUUGUAGGGCCAUUUUCCAGCUGCUGGUUCGGAAGUCAAGGUGCACCUGACACUGUGGUAAACAUGCUACCAUCAGGCCUUUACCACCUCCAGCUGCUCUGCUCUGCAGCCAGCGUGUGCAGGCCGGGCAGUGACGCAGAGCAAAGCCCGACUCGUCACAAGUCUUUAUUUCCCUUACGGCCGAAUCGGUCCCGGGCUCUCUGCACACGAGCAUGCCACAACACAUUUGUUCUAAUGGGUCGCGUAGAGCAAAAACAACAACACUGUGUCACAUUUUUACAACACAAGACACGGCCGUGGCAAAGUCAGCGGGGCUGAAACAUCCUGAAGGUGGAGGAUGUAAAUAUCACCUCAGCUGACGUGUUUUGUCUGUCAGGGAUACUGACACGUGGGACAAAAUGAGAGCAUGACGUGGUCGGCUACAGGGAUCGAUGUACCGGUUAAACUGACUCGUGAAAAUGUAUUUUUUUGUAUGUCUUUGAGGAAAAGGUAUUUGACAUCGGUAUUUUUAGCAUAUUGAGUUGCUAAUUACGUAUUCACACAUGCAGAUAAGAAGGAUUAUACUGUGAUAUUAUAUGAUUAAGUUGUUGUGAAGGUCAAUUAGUAAUUAAGCUGCUUAUAAUUUUCCAAUUCACCCUAAUUCAUUGCAGAACUUGGUUACUCAUAUUUUAAAGUUGUAUCUGUGUGUACCUGUAUUAAUAUGCAUUGAUAUUGCUUUAUAUUGAUGCGACAUUUUCUAUUAAAUUGUGUACAGUUUUGUUUAAUAUUGCUAUUUUCCAUCCUCCUCAUUGGUACAGUUAAGAAAGGACGGCUUUAGCUGAAUGAAAAAUGACAUAAGGGGUUGCUACUAAAUGUAUUUCACAAGGUGAACUCACAUCUUCACUGAAACUACAUAGCCUGAUUCAAUUUACUGUGGGAGACAAACAUGUAACAUAUGAAUAGUAUCAAUUGUAUACAUAAUGAUAUACAUAAUAUUAUUCUUGGCCAUUAUUUUCUCUUUUUGUGGCCCCUUUCUUUGAAAUAAAAAAAAAACCAAAUUUUUACACCAUACGAACAGAAAACGACACAAAAACAAAUAAUUGUACAGGUUGUGUAAAUACUGAAUACUGCGGUGAAACAGUUACCUUGUUUUUUUUGUAUGGAAACUAUCAAAGUAAUCUCAAUAACAAAAUUAACCACGUUAUGACAAAAUUGCAAAAAAAA